AUGAAUUCUAGUUUUAAUAAUACCAUCAAUAGCACGAUUGCAACUACCGCAGGUGGGGUUGUUGCAACUAUCAGCCCUGGUGAACAAGCGAUGCGAACAGCUUUCAUCGUUAUUACUGUUGUAUAUAUCUUGGUUAUGAUUGUAGCUAUACCUGGUAAUUUUUUGAUUUUAUGGAUUACAUUGGCAAACAAAAAAAUGCGAACACCGACCAAUUUAUUGGUAUGCAACUUGGCUCUUGCCGGAUUGCUGUUAGCAUGUAUACGAAUGCCGAUUAAAACUUACGAACUAAUCUAUCCUACUCAGACGCUAUUCUUUUACCCGUUUAGCACCUCCGUAUGUAAAAUGGCUCAAAUUGUACCGGCAUCAUGUAUCACGUCCAUAUCUAUUACGUUAACGACUAUUUGCAUCGAUCGCUUUAUUUCAGUUAUAUAUCCAACAAAGCGCCAUCUACGAAUGACAUUAGUAAAAGUUUAUAUAUUUCUUCCGGCAUCUUGGUUAUUAUCAUUCUUGUUUUGGACACCUUAUGGAGUUUUUGUUGACAUCCUCCAUUUAAACGGCGGUUUUAAACGUUGUGUCCCAACUUGGCCGCAAAAUCCUCAAUUGGACAUUAAUAUUACUGAUUCUCAUAACCAAUCCGUAUAUUAUUUACAAUUCUCAAAAAUGAUAAUAUGGUUACUUUUUAUCAUCUUUGUCUUUCUAUUACCGGCUAUCAUUAUGACAACCUUGUACGCAAUUAUUGUUAGAAAAUUAUGGCAAACAGGACCGGGCGAUAAGCAUACGGUACCACCAGUUGGUACAAGACCAACGACCGGUGGACGACGUGAUACACUUACUAAAGAGAAUCAUGGGUUAAAAGCUAAAAGACGAGUAGUUAAAAUCUUUAUUACUUGCCUUGUCUUAUUUAUCGUUACCAAUUUACCCUAUUACUUGAUCUUUGUCUUAGUGGAUUUUCAAUUAAUUGUGAUCCGAGAUUUCUACUUGAUCUACACUGUGAUCAACGUUUUGAUUAUUUUAAACUAUACUUGCAUCGCAUAUAACGCAAUUAUUUACGGCUACUUUAAUAAAACAUUUAAAAAUAAUGCACCAAAAUGGAUACGCCGUAUUGCUCGAAGAUGCAAUUCAUCUCGCGUGGAACCAUCAUCGUACUCCCUUAAUCCUGGUAGCGUGGCGCCGCAAACGCGUGCUGACGAAGUAUCAACGUAG